AUGGCCUCGCUGGACCUGCCCUACCGCUGUCCACGCUGCGGGGAGCACAAGCGCUUCAGGAGCCUGUCGUCGCUGCGUGCGCACCUGGAGUACAGCCACACCUAUGAGACGCUCUACAUCCUCUCCAAGACCAACAGCAUCUGCGAUGGGGCCGCCGCUGGUUUCUCGCUGGCGCCAGAGCCUGCCGCCCUGCUGGCGGUGCCGGGUGCGCGGCGAGAGGUCUUCGAGAGCACUUCGUUCCAGGGCAAGGAGCAGGCGGCCGGGCCCGCGACGCCGCAUCUGCUGCACCACCACCACCAUCACGCGCCCCUCGCCCACUUCCCCGGCGACCUGGUGCCCGCCAGCCUGCCCUGCGAGGAGCUGGCCGAGCCGGGCCUGGUGCCUGCGGCCGCUGCGCGCUAUGCGCUGCGUGAGAUCGAGAUUCCGCUCGGCGAGCUGUUUGCGCGCAAGUCCGUGGCUUCCUCGGCCUGCUCCACGCCGCCGCCCGGGCCUGGCCCUGGCCCCUGCGCGGGGCCCGCCUCGGCCUCGCCCGCGUCUCCAUCCCCCGCCGAUGUGGCCUACGAGGAGGGUCUGGCGCGCCUCAAGAUCCGCGCGCUGGAGAAGCUGGAGGUGGACCGGCGCCUGGAGCGGCUGAGCGAGGAGGUGGAGCAGAAGAUCGCGGGUCAGGUGGGCCGCCUGCAGGCCGAGCUGGAGCGCAAGGCGGCCGAGCUGGAGACUGCGCGCCAGGAGAGCGCACGGCUGGGGCGGGAGAAGGAGGAGCUGGAGGAGCGCGCAUCGGAGCUGUCCCGCCAAGUGGACGUAAGCGUGGAGCUGUUGGCCUCGCUCAAGCAGGACCUGGUGCACAAGGAGCAGGAGCUGACGCGCAAACAGCAGGAGGUGGUGCAGAUCGACCAGUUCCUGAAGGAGACAGCGGCGCGUGAGGCCAGUGCCAAGCUCCGGCUGCAGCAGUUCAUCGAGGAGCUGCUGGAAAGGGCAGACCGGGCUGAACGGCAGCUGCAGGUCAUCAGCAGUAGCUGCGGCAGCACACCCAGUGCCAGCCUGGGCCGUGGGGGCGGGGGUGCUGGGCCUGCCCCCCGGGGCCCUGGCCGCAUGCGAGAGCACCACGCGGGCCCGGCUGUGCCGAGCACGUAUGCGGUGUCACGGCAUGGCUCCUCGCCCAGCACAGGGGCCUCCAGCCGUGUGCCAGCCGCAUCCCAGAGCUCAGGCUGCUAUGACAGUGACAGUCUGGAGUUGCCGCGCCCAGAAGAAGGGACUCCUGAGGACAGUGGCCCUGGAGCCCUGGGUGCCCGGGCCCAGGGUGCCACCACCGGAUCAGAGCGGUCUCAACCCCCACGCAGCUCAGGCCUGCGGCGCCAGGCCAUCCAGAACUGGCAGCGCAGACCCCGCCGGCAUAGCACAGAGGGCGAGGAGGGUGAUGUCUCAGAUGUGGGCUCACGCACCACUGAGUCAGAGGCUGAGGGGUCCUCGGAUGCCCCCCGCCCUGGACCUGCUGGGCCCCUGAGCAGCUGCCGACUGUCGGCCCGCUCUGAGGGAGGUAGUGGAAGGGGCCAGCGGGCCGAGCGGGGCAGCCCCUCCCGCUCCAACGAGGUCAUCAGCCCCGAGAUCCUCAAGAUGCGAGCAGCCCUAUUCUGCAUCUUCACCUACCUGGACACGCGCACUCUGCUGCACGCUGCGGAAGUCUGCCGGGACUGGCGCUUCGUGGCUCGCCACCCGGCCGUUUGGACGCGUGUGCUGCUGGAGAACGCGCGGGUCUGCUCCAAGUUUCUGGCCAUGUUGGCCCAGUGGUGCACCCAGGCCCACUCACUCACCCUGCAGAACUUGAAGCCGCGGCAGAGGGGCAAGAAGGAGAGCAAGGAGGAGUAUGCCAGGAGCACGAGGGGUUGUCUGGAAGCGGGACUGGAGUCGCUGCUGAAGGCCGCUGGGGGCAACUUGCUCAUCCUGCGUAUCUCCCACUGCCCCAACAUCCUCACUGACCGCUCGCUCUGGCUGGCCAGCUGCUACUGCCGCGCCCUGCAGGCCGUCACCUACAGGAGUGCCACCGACCCUGUGGGCCAUGAGGUCAUUUGGGCCCUGGGUGCAGGCUGCAGAGAGAUCGUCUCCCUCCAGGUGGCGCCACUCCAUCCCUGCCAGCAGCCCACGCGCUUCAGCAACCGGUGCCUACAGAUGAUUGGUCGCUGCUGGCCCCACCUCCGGGCCUUGGGGGUCGGGGGCGCUGGCUGUGGGGUGCAGGGCCUGGCAUCACUGGCGAGGAACUGCAUGCGGCUGCAGGUGCUGGAGCUGGACCAUGUGUCGGAGAUCACCCAGGAGGUGGCGGCUGAGGUCUGCCGGGAAGGCCUGAAGGGACUGGAGAUGCUGGUGCUCACUGCCACCCCCGUGACGCCCAAGGCCCUGCUGCACUUCAACAGCAUCUGCCGGAACCUCAAGUCCAUCGUGGUCCAGAUUGGGAUUGCAGAUUACUUUAAAGAGCCCAGCAGUCCCGAGGCCCAGAAGUUGUUUGAGGACAUGGUGACAAAACUCCAGGCCCUGCGGCGGAGACCUGGUUUCUCCAAGAUCUUGCACGUCAAGGUGGAUGGCGGCUGCUAACCCGGGUUGGGGGGCAGCAGGGCCCCCGCCAG